AUGAGUUAUAACACACAGGACUUCCUCGAGGACGGAGACGUGUUCUCGUUCUCGCUCGCACAGGGCGCGCCCGCGUCGCUGCUGCCCAGCACGCCGCUCUCCGGCGCCAGUGACCUGAUUUCGGGCGACGACGACCUCCUGCUGCAGUCGCCCUUCCUGGACGCGAUGUCGCGCGACGACGACGAAGACCACGCUGGCGACGAGCUGUUCGCGCUGGAGAACGAGCCCCAGCUGCUGCCCUCCUACGACAUGACCCACAUCACCGCCAAGGCGCCAGUACCGAGCGCCUUCGAGUGCGUGCCCGCGCCCGACGACGACGAGUUCGCGGACGCCGCGCAGCACAACUACCGGCUCUGGCUCGCGGGCGUCUGA